GAUGAGUCGAACCUUCCGGUUGCUUAUAUUCAUAGUCAAGAAUUCGAAAUGCAUUUAAAUAAGCAUCCUAGAUUAUAUGGAGCGGUUACGAUUACGCAUAACUUAAUAAGAGCUUACAAACUUCUCAACAAUGUGAGUGUCAUUGCUCCAAAGUUUGCUACCAUUGAUGAACUGAAAUCUUUUCAUUCUGAGGAAUAUAUUGACUUUCUAUGCAAAGUUAAUCAAAUUUCAGAAGAAGAAUUGCUUGAGGAUGAAGAAGAAGAAAUGGAAAAAUUUGGAAUUGGAUAUGAUUGCCCUUUUAUACCACAUAUAUUUGAUGCAGCUGCUAUGAUUGGUGGAGCCACAGUUACGGCUGCAAAAGCCUUACUUAGUGGUGAUUAUCAAAUUGCAGUCAACUGGGGUGGAGGCUGGCAUCAUGCUAAAAAAGACCAGGCUGAUGGUUUCUGUUACGUCAAUGACAUUGUUUUGGGUAUUCUACAGUUGCUGCAAAAAUUCAAGAGAGUUCUUUACAUAGAUCUUGAUCUCCAUCAUGGCGACGGUGUAGAAGAAGCCUUUUCACACACCUCUAGAGUUUUAUGUUUCUCAGUUCACAAACAUGAAAUUGGAUUUUAUCCUGGCACAGGACUUCUAAAUGACAUUGGGUAUGGAAAAGGUAAACAUUAUACAAUUAAUGUACCUCUUUAUGAUGGAAUUCAGGAUGCUCAGUAUUUGGAAUUAAUCAUACCAUUGCUCUCAAAAACGUACAAGAAAUUCCAACCUGAUGUCAUUGUGUGCCAGUGUGGAGCAGACACUCUUGCUGGUGAUCCUUUUGCAGCUUUUAAUCUUACCUUAAAAGCCCCAGGAGAGUGCAUCAAACUUUUCAAAUCCUGGAACUUGCCAUUAUUAGCUUUGGGUGGAGGUGGAUAUAAUGCUGUCAACACAGCAAGAUGUUGGACCUAUUUGCUAUCCAUAUUGCUAGAUCAAACUGUAGAGUCAGACAUUCCAGAUCACAAGUACUUAAUGAAAUAUGGACCAGACUAUGAACUUCAAAUUUGCCCUAGAACAAUGCCAAAUCGAAACUCAACAGAACAUUUAAAAUCAAUUACUGAUACUGUUUUAAGAAAUUUAGAUUUUAUACAAGGCCCAUCAGAAAGUUCUACAUAAAAAAGUCUUCCAUAUCUGUAUGCUUAGUUCUUUGUGGGUAUUUUUUAAUAUUUUAACUUAUGAAUUUUACAUGCAAUAAAAUUUUUCUUUAUUGCAGAAUUUUUCUUGUAAGAUAGUUUGGUGAAAAUUUGAUCUUAAUAUUCCUAUGCAAUUUUAAGCCUUUGACUUUCUUCUGUUGAUAAAAUUCACCAAACAUGUAAUUGCGUUGAAGCAUGCAGAGUCAUUUGUACAGUGAUAUAAUUUAUGUAUUUAUUCUUGUAUUUUAUCAUUCAGCUGUUUUGUUGCCGACUCAAGUGUUCCAUUUUACGUUUUUAGUGUGUUGUUUGUUUUUGUUAUAUAUUUUAUGUCCAUUUUGUUAAUAUAUUUGAUGCUGUUUAUUAAAAAUUAUGUAUGUACAAAAUAAUAUGAUUACUAAUGCUCAAUAUGAAUUUGUUUGCAUUCUUUUUUUUUUGUUCGGUCACAUGUAGUUAGUAUGAAUUUAUACUGGUUUGACUCUAAGUUAUCUCUUGGUAUUUUAUUGAAUGUUUGUAAAAUGUAUUCAUCUAUAUUUAGACAAGUUAGAAAUGAUAAGUAAUUAAAAUAUGGUUUACAGAACUUGACUUCUGAUUAAAAUCAAUUUGCAAAAAAAUAUUUUAUUUUACAAUAAGAAUGCUGUGAUCUAACUAAUUUUUCUCUUUUGUUGUGACUACACAACAUAUAAAGAAGUUUAGCAAUGCCACAAAAGCUUAAGUUUUCAAGUAUGAAAUAUUUUUCUUUGUUGUUAUUAGAACACAACAUAUAUGCCUAAUGCUUUGUGUUUCAAAUAAUAAUGCAUACAUUUGUUCAUUUGAAAUGGCCAUAGGUAUCAAAAUAGAAAAAGGAAGAUUUAAAAAAAAAAAAAGAAUGAGCUUUACGACAGUAACAUUUGAUAUAUUUUGAAGAAACACUUUCUACUUUGCUGAAUCAUUGCCAUUUUUUUUUCUUCUUCUUUUUUCCUCUCUCUCUAAAAUCUUAUUGGAAACCAAAAGCUUUUUCCUUUGCAGUAAGAAGUAGAUAGCUAGCUGCUGUUGAAAAACUGACACACAGAUCCAGGGGCAGAUACAGACUAACAAUGUAGAAAGCAGUCAUGUUCAUUUUUUGGGGGGUUUGGGUGCACAAAAUUUCUUAAGCUGUUUGGGUGUCUGAAAAAAGCACCAAAUUGGGUAGAAAUGAGGCGCCUAGAAGAGCAUAAACUUUAUUAAAAAUUACUGAAAACGCUUACGUUUAUUCAUAAAGUAUUUGAGCAAAAUAUGUGUAAUAUAUUUGGAUGAUAUUCAACAUCCAUCCAUUUUGCAUGCAGAAAAAUAUACUUGAUUUAAAAUAAUGCCUGGUUGAAAAAAGGAUAUGUGGUGCCGUUCACAAAAAGAUGGCUAUGAAAAUAUAUAUAUAUAUAUAUAUAUAUAUAUAUAUAUAUAUAUAUAAUUCUUUUUCUUAACUAGUUUUUAUAGGUUUAUUUUUUACAUAAUGAAUUCUAAUAAACUGCUCAAAUGCGGUGAACCUUAAUGCGGAACUUCUUUCCAUCACAUAAUAUUGCCGCCAGUUUAGAGUUAGUCAUGACCUCCGUGACAUUUCCCCUGUAUCCGCACCUGCACAGAUUAGCAACUUGAUAUUUAGAGAACUAAUUUCAGCUGAUUGUUGACGCCAAUUUCAAAAUAUUUUGAACAUUACUGUGCAUAAAAUUUUGCUUGUCACUUAUAGUAGUUCAACUUUAGUUGAAACAUUUAUCUAAGUUGAAAUAUCUGUUUAAUAUUUACUUCUCAGUUUUCUGAGUACUCUGAUCAAAACUAAUGAAAAAAUAUGAUCUCCUUUAGCAGUGUUAAUAUUUUCUUAUUAUAGAGUUGAUUUUAUUUGUUUAACUUUGUUAUUUUUAAUAGCUAUUGUUUCUAUUUUGUUUCCUUUUAUAUUUGAUAUGAUUUUUUUUUCUUAAAUAAAUAUUUAAUAUGUAACAAAAACUAAUGUUUGAUUUGUAUUUGAAACACUUAUAAGGACACGUUUCCCCAGGAUCAAAUCUCCUACAGACUCGAAUGAAGUCUCCUUGAAUGAAGGAUACGUGAUACUUUUAUGCAUUGUUAGUUUUUCUUUGAAAUAUUUUAUUCUAAUUUUAAAAUUUAAAAUUUGGUAUUGCAUUUUGAUGGGAUAAAGACUGUACUAAACUUGCGACAUGAAGUCGUAUAGUUCCAUUGACUGAAACAAAAGUUAUAAACUAAAACGAAAAAGGGGAUGAACUAUCAGUCUGGGGACAGUUGAUCUCUUUUCCACUGUCCUCUACUAAAAUGUUAUUUAAAAUCUAUAACUAUUAAAAGCUUAUUCAAUAAGACUGAUAAGUGUGUUUACAGUAAGACUAAUAAGUUAUUUAUUUACGUUUUAAAUGCUUUAUUUGUUUUGUGUGAGUCUCCUUAUGUGUACUUUGAAGUAGCUAGCAUGUUCCAAUAUCUUUUUUCAUAUUUUUUUUUGUGUUCAUGUGUUUGUAAUAUAGAAUGCAAAACUCUGUUGUCUUCCAAAAUUGUUGUAGUUUCUACAACGUAUUUACUGUAACAUAUCCUUUAUUCACCAACAAAUCUGUAACAAAUAUUGAUUUUUUGUAUAUUUUAAAGAUUGAAAUAGUUAUGUAAUAUUAAUGCAUAUUGUGAGGAGCUUUAGAAAUGACUCUUUAACUUUUUUUUUUUUUUUUCAUUUUACAUAACCAUAGUCUGGCAUUGAAAUACCAUUUAUAUGCACAAAAAGCAAUAAAAUUUAAUACAAAAUGUGACAGCACUUUUAGCGCUGAGGAAACAAACAGUAUGCCACAACCUAUGCUGCCCAUUAUAUACAUACAUGCUUUUACUAAAAUGCUGUUAAGUCUCAUUUGAGUCCCCCUCCUUCAUGUGUGUGUGUGUGUAUCAAGAUAAAUAAUUUUUGUUACAUAUUUAAUCUCUACAUAGUAUAAAAUGAAGUCUCCAAAAAGCGUCUGUGUGUUUCAACUCGCAAAACUCGAGAACUACCCGGCCAAUUUCGCUGAAUUUUUCACAGUUUGUUCCUUUAAGUCCUGAAAAGGUUUGCAGAUCAGUUGGAAAAAAAAAAAAAAAAAAAAACAAUAAAUAGUUUACUUCUUUUAUCCAACCUAUGAUGAUUUUCUCACAAAUAUUUAUUUAUUUUUCUUUUAAUUAAAAAUGCAUGUCAUUGCCGGAAUUUGAGGUAUUAAAAAUAUGUGUAAGUCAACAUUUUGUUUUAUCGAAUUUGCGGUGAAAAAAAUUAAGGUCUUUUAAUGAACUCAAGAGGCCAUACAAUUUUAGAGAAUUGUGUUUUCUAAUUUACAAUAAAUGACCGACUUUCAACUUAUCUGUAGCAUUCAUUUAUACUUAGUUUUAUUGCCAGCAUUUAAUUUUAACACUAAAUUAAAAGACGUUCAAAAUGUAAA